AUGUCGAAGCGAGGACGCGGAGGAUCGGCGGGUAACAAGUUCAGGAUGUCUCUGGGUCUUCCAGUGGUUGUGACGGUGAAUUGCACCGACAACACCGGGGCAAAGAACCUCUACAUUAUUUCAGUGAAGGGAAUCAAGGGUAGGCUCAGGAAGGGUAAGCCCGAUCUCAGGAAGAAGGUCACGCCCGCAGUCAUUGUCCGCCAGCGCAAGCCAUGGCGCCGAAAGGACGGUGUCUACAUGUACUUUGAAGAUAAUGCUAGAGUGAUUGUGAAUCCCAAGGGAGAAAUGAAAGGUUCUGCAAUCACUGGUCCCACUGGAAAGAAGUGUGCUGAUCUUUGGCCUAGGAUUGCAAGUGCUGCUAAUGCGAUUGUUUAA